AUGCAGACAACAAUAUUGAUGUUGGAGAAGAAUUCCAGUAAAGGAGAAGAUCUUCCAGUGAAGGAGAAGAUCGAGUACGAGCAUCAAGAAAUAAGCAACCUCCUACAUGGAUGGGUGAUUAUGUUCCUGGCGAAGCUAGAUGUUAAGUCGGCUUUCCUUCAUGGUGACCUUAACGAGGAUGUUUAUGUGGAGCAACCAAAAGGGUAUGAAAUGAAGGGUUACAAAAUGAGCAAAGAUGGAACCAGAAAUUUUGUUGAUGAAACUUAUUACAAGCAGUUGGUUAGUAGUUUGAUGUAUCUCACUGCCACAAGACCUGAUAUGAUGUUUGUUACAUUUCUCAUAAGUAGAUAUAUGGCAAAACCAUUGGAUAUUCACCUGCAGGUAGCUAAAAGAGCCUUACGAUACUUGAAAGGAACUGUGAAUUAUGGAAUUUAUUAUAAGACAACAGAAAGUGGUGAGCUAUUAGCUUUCACAGACAGUGACUAUGCAGGGGAUAUGGAAGAUAGGAAGAGUACAUCCGGUUAUGUAUUUUUAAUGGGGUUAGGUGUUGUCUCAUGGUGUUCCAAAAAACAACCUAUUGUAACUUUAUCAACCACAGAAGCAGAAUUUGUAGCAACUGUUGUUUGUGCUUGUUAA